UGUUUUGGUGUCGUCAUCCCCCCCGUGCGCCAAGUGCAGCACAAUAGUCUGUGUUUUGUAGUGAGUGUUCCCCCGUAACAGUGCGUUCAGCGCAUUCCUGGUGAUUCGUGGCUCGUUGAGUCAUCCGGUACCCUCCCCGUAGCACGUAGAUCGCAUGCAGGCCGCGAAGCUGGAUAACCCACGGCCACCUCGUAGCUCUGCUGAACGUGGGCGCUUUUUCAUGUCCGAGGAAGUGGUGCGACCGCGGUGCGGGGGGGGUUCGUGAGCGUCAUCUACGUGGUGACCGUCGACGUGAUAAUCAUCGUUGUUUUGAGUUAGCACUGCCUCUUUCUUGUUAUUGGCUUGCCUGGCUGCUCCUCCGAACGGACGGCGAGUCACUCGGUCGACGUUACAUCACGUCACCCUGAGGUUUAGCGGGUCCCUCGGAUCCGUGCGGGAAGAAAGAGAGAGCGUCUUGCUCUAGCGUGCGUACGUACGUGCGUACGUGCGUACGUGCAUUCGUGCGUGCGUGCGUGCGCGCGUAUGUCCGCUCCUUCUCUCGCCUGUGGAACACGAGGAAGAAAAUGGAGCUGCGUCUACACUCGCCAGCGGGAGCCGAACCGAUCGUGUAUCAGUGGCCACUUACUUCCGGAUCGGGAUCUGACCGUCACGAUGGAGCACUGGAUGUUGUCGAAACCAUGCGAUGGGUUUGCGAAGAUUUGCCAGACCUGCAAUUACCUUUAGAAAAUAAUAUUCUUUGUGACUACGAUACCAGAGAUUAUGAAAGUAUGAAAAACUUAUGCGACAGAUUCAACAGAGCGAUCGAUAGUUUAGUACAAUUGGAGAAAGGCACUAGUCUACCAUCCCAGAGACUAAAUAAGAGACCUAGUAGGGGUUUACUUCGUCAUAUAUUGCAGCAAACAUAUAAUCAAGCUGUGGUCGAACCAGAUAAGUUGAAUCAAUACGAGCCUUUUUCACCUGAGGUUUACGGAGAAACAAGUUACGAACUCGUGUGCCAAAUGAUCGAUCAGGUCAAUGUGACGGAGAACGAUGUCUUUGUCGAUCUGGGCUCUGGAGUAGGUCAGGUGGUUCUUCAAAUGGCAGCUGCAACCUUAUGCAAAAUCUGCAUCGGUGUAGAGAGGGCCGAUGUACCGUCGAAAUAUGCGCAGAGUAUGGAAGUAAACUUUCGAAAAUGGUUAAAUUGGUACGGGAAACGCUGUGGCGAGUACCGUUUGGUGAAAGGGGACUUUUUAGCAGACGAACAUCGCGAAAGCAUUACCGGAGCUACGAUAGUAUUUGUUAAUAAUUUUGCGUUCGGCCCAACGGUUGACCAUCAGUUGAAAUUACGCUUCGCCGAUUUACGAGAUGGUGCGCGUAUAGUAUCAUCAAAAUCAUUCUGUCCGUUGAACUUUCGAAUAACGGAUAGAAAUCUCAGUGAUAUUGGCACAAUAAUGCAUGUGUCCGAGAUGUCGCCGUUGAAAGGUUCCGUCUCUUGGACUGGUAAGCCAGUGUCUUAUUAUUUGCACGUUAUUGAUCGAACUAAAUUAGAACGUUACUUCCACCGCAUGAAGAACAAUAAACAAGGUGGCUUAGAUGAAAACUCUGAUUCUGUGAUAAGCAACACUGCCAGCAAUAGUAGUAAGGUUUCUAAUAGGAACGAAAGAAGUGACAGAGCCAAAAGAGACCUUUCGAGGCAAUUAGAUAGCCCGAAUCAUUCGGAGCAACAUGGAACAAAUAGCGACUCCGAUCUGGAUGACAAUGCGAUGAAAAAUCGUCGGCAGCCGAAUAAAAUACGGAGGAAGCUCAAUAGAAAAAGUAAUGGCAUUACGAAGGCUCCAGCUAGAGGUAGACAAAGAGGACGAGGCGUCAAGAGAGCUAAACCUAAGAAGGCGAUCAAUAUAUCUGGAUUAGACUUGUUACACAGUCAAACUUUACUCAGUACGUCACCUCAAGCUCUCGGGAAGAAGCCUCCGCCUGCACCCGGUUGCGUAGAUCAACAACUCUCUUCGUUGUCGCUUUCGUUGCAGUCGCAUUCCACCUCCGUGCACGAGGAACUUAGUAUACCGCCUGCUCCGUCCGCGACUCCAUAUGCUUUACAAAUUCUUUUGGACAUGUACAGGGACCAAUUCAUGCUUAUGUUAGAAUCGAUGAGGACUCCUAGUUACCGAGUAUCCGUCAAUGCGGAUAUCUCGAAGGAGAGAGAAAGAAAUUCGAAGCUUCAGUCGAGAGCGGCGCAGUUGGAGAAACAAAUCAAAGUUCUCAUAGACGACAGUGUAGCUCUCCUAAAGGCGAGAAUGACUGAAUUAGGUAUCAAUGCUACAUCACCCGGGGAUCUGCUGGCGAAAGCCAAGGAGAUAGUCCUGCGGCAUAAGCAGCUGCAAGCUAAAGCGAGCAAAUUGCAAGCGCAAGUGGCGUCCAUGGAAACCGAACAGAACAGGCUGGUGGCGCUCAGGCAUCAGGAGCUGCAGGAUAAAUACACCAGUCAAGCUAACGGCAUAUCGAAUCUGUCCCAAACGCUCACACAGGAUUACAUAUUGAAGGAGAUUUCCGUCACUUUGUCCCAGCGCAAACGGCUGCACUCUCAAGUUUCGAAACUUGAGCACGAGCUGAAUGUAUUGGAGAGGACAAGCAACGAGAAGCAAGCAGCCGCCAUGGCUCAACAGCAGAGGGAUGUAGCGGGGAGUAAACAGAAUUUCAAUCAUCAGUCGCAGGCCGGCAAGAACGGAGCGACGCGUAAAAACAGAGAGGGCCGUUCGAGGUCGCAGGACUGGCCCGAUGUCCCGGACAUUGGCAAGAUACAAGAGAAUAAUCCGGAAAUAUUGGCGCAAAAGAUCUUGGAAACCGGGAGGCAGAUCGAGGCGGGCCGUAUACCGAAUAGACCGAAUGUUAACAAUAAUUCCAGGACAAGACUGCCGCAGGCGUCGCUCAGUUUCUCCACCACGUCAUCGUCCGUUUCGUUCACGCAAUCGCAGCAGGUGGCCACCCCUAAAGACCCGACAAGUAGGACUCAAGAGCCACCCCGGGUGGCUAAUUUCGAGGACAGAUUGAAAAGCAUCAUCACGAGCGUGCUGAACGAGGAUCAGCAGAACCGAAAUAAGCAGCUGCAGUUGCAGCUGCAGAAUCAGUGCGAGCCCGAAAGGAAACGCCUCACGUUACUGCAGAACGUCACCACUCCGGACUAUACCCAAGUCUCACCCGCGAAACUAGCCCUUCGCCGUCAUCUAUCGCAAGAACGCCUCUCCUCAUCGUCCCACUUGACAUCCGACAGAUCGACGGUCGAUUCUAGACAAUCGUCGAGUCAUGACAAUCGCCUUGUCGUAGGUGGGAAUGGAUUGCUCGGUGCUAGAACGAUCGGCGAGCUGGUAAACGGCGAGAUCGAGAGGACCUUGGAGAUAUCGAAUCAGUCGAUAAUAAACGCCACCGUGGACAUGAGCGCGAUGAUGAGACCCGAGACCGUGUACUCGCCCAUCAGUAGGCCGGCCAGCGCCGAGGGAGACGCUGGCUUGUCGACUUUAGCCCAUGUAGCCAGUUACGUACCGAUCUCCUCCACCCCGACGACCACUUCGAGAUCAUCCGUGCUCUUCACCCCGGUGACGCAACCGCAGAGAUACACGCCGGUCCAGUUGCCGCGAGCGGAUAUCAAGCCUUAUCACGAGUCAUACUUUACGAGCGACAAUCUCUCGCAAUCUCAUCCCGCAACAUCGUCUCUGCAUUCGUCUCAGAGCACGUUAAACGGAGAAUUGUUAGCCGUGGAAGGUCUCGCGGCCUCGUUACACGCUCGAAUAUUGAACAACUCGAACGGCAAAGCCGACCUUUCCAACAACAGCAGAAGUUCUAGAUUUCAACCGUACUCACGAUACACAAGCAAUAGUAGCGCCGCGACUAGCGGCACGGCGAUCACGGCGAUUUGCCAGUCGCAAGCUUCUGUAUCAAUAAAAACGGAAGCGGUUGUAUCGUCGGUAAGCGGAGCAUCCCUAAGUCCCCUCGUGGAACCACAUUCUAAUAUGUCGACACCGCUAGUCGAUGAGCCUCAGAUGACGACGCGGAAGCAACGAAAUCCUAUGGCUGACGACGACGGAGAAGCCGAUUGGCAAGAUCGCAUCAGUUCGGGAUUCGAUCGUUUGGUCGCGUUUGCAUCAACAGAAUUGGAUAAACGCAGACGAUCGACCGAAGGAGUGAACACAAGUCCCGACAGUGGAUUAGGCUCAGACAGCGCGGUAACGGGACCGCCGCCGGUAGUACCGUCUCCGGACGAAGCGAUAGGGCCCCCGAGAACACCCUCUCCGACCAGUCCCCGUCCUCUGAAUCCAUCCAAUCCUUCGAACAGCGCGUCCACCUCUUCGGUACCUCUGAAAUACCAACGACAGCCGGAUCCUGAGCGACAUCACUUUAAGAAGAAGUUUUUUCACCGCGAUUGGAAUAAUGCCGCGAGCACUAGCAAGUUUCGUCCUAAAGGCAAAGAUUGGGAUUGGAAUCAUCAUUCGGGACAAUGGCCUUCGAACGACGAGCAAUCCUAACUCUAUCUUUACUGUGCGUAAGAUAGUUUUUCUUGUCCGCGUUGGAGAAACGUGGAAUAUCUGCUUUCCCCCUCCCCCCUCCCCCCUACCCGUGUAUAAGGGGGAACCCUUGUUUUCGAUUGUACAUUUAUAAUUUAUUUGUGUUUCGUUAUUUCUCUUGUAUCGUGUUAAAUUACAGGCAAGUCUUUAAUCGUACGACACGAUAAUACACAUACGGGAGAACCGUAUUAAUACCGAAAAAAGUGCGUGCAAAAUUUGUUUUGUUGCACGAUAUAUUCACAGAGAGAGAGAGAGAGAGAGAGAGAGAGAGAGAGAGAGAGAGACGGAGGGAUAUGAGGCUAAGGCGCACUUCGGACGACCUAUAAUACCUUAUGGAAAACGGAACAGAAUUUUGCUUGUAAUUUUAUAAUGUUUGCAAAAUUUUGUAGAUUUUGUAAACUUGGAAAACAAUUGGAGAUUUAUAGAUGUACCUGUCUAUAAAUCUUAGUAUUUAAGCGCUCUCGUACAAGUGAAAUUCCGUCCCGAAUUCUCGUUAAUAUUGUUCGAAAUGGGCUUGACGGAAUGAGAUCGUAAACUUAUUAGCAAUAUAUGCGUGUAUUAAGAGGAAUUUAAAGGUCUUUACACAAAUUUACCAGACAUUAUUCUUCGAUUCGUAGUAUUUUAACUUAAUAUCAGUAGUCGGAGUCUUAUUUCGGUAAGGUUUUGUAAAUAAUUAUUAUCACAAUUUGGUCUCUUUUUAACACAGUCACACGAUACUAUCGAGUCAUUGACAUGUCACGUAUUUGUAUAUAAUGUGUAAAAGAAUUUUGUAAUUUGCGCCUGUUUACGCACAUAUUCAUACGCAAGUAUACAUGACACACAUAAUUAUUGCAUAUUAGACACGUUAGAGAAGCAUGCUAGGGAAACAUUGUAUCAUGCGUGCGUUACAGGCGCUCAUUACGAUAGACUGAUCGAAAUCGAUUAGCAUCGGGUAAGAAAAGAGGAAAACAAGAGCAAGCCAGCAAAACCUCUGUGUGUUCGUAGCAAAUAUUUGCUGCAAAUUUUAUAUGCGGCUAAAUCUUCCAUAAUCACUGGAAGAUGUAUACCUAAGUGUUCACUGUGGCUCAUAGAAUUAUUAUAACAGCGAUGAAAUAGUCACUUGGCGGGAAAGAAGUGAAAAUUUGUUUUUUUGCACGCGCAUCUACACACGUCGUUGUACAAUUAUAUACGUGAAAUAUCCAAAGAAUGGUACUUGCGAGUGAGUUUACAUAGUUUCGAGUGGUGCACCCGUAUUGGGCACCACGUGUGGGUGCUGCGAGAGACGAGUAGAGUAAUCAAGUAAUAGUAUUUCGAAUUGACAAUUUAUCCGACGGCAUAUGCCGAUGCGACAUUGAUUGUAUAAAGCUCCCUUCAUUACGUUUUCUCCUAUUGUCACACACAUACACACACGUACAUAUAUGUGUACAUACAUAUACAUAUAUAUGUAUGUAUGUAUGUAUGUAUGUACACACGCGCGCGAAUAGGGAAGGACGAUGGACACUUCGUGAUUUGGGAGAUCUUGAGAGAAUUAGUUAUCGAUCAUUAUUUAAUAAUCUCCUGUGGGUCUUUAUAGUUGUAACGAUAUAGCCCUCUGCCAAGCAUGUCGGACACACUGCCGAAUCUUCUAUUAAUUAUUAAUUUUAUUGAUCGCAACUAUUAUUUAUUGUUUUUAUUAAAAUAUUUUAAUACUAUUACUAUUUGUAACAAGUAAAGUUUUUCUCUAUUAUUUCCACCUUCCCGCAUCUAACAGUUUUUUCUAGCGGUAUUCCCGAUAAAGAAAUGAGUGCGAAUACUCUCAAGCGUAGUAAUCGUCGCAAUUUCCUUCACCGAGGCAAGAAUUGAGGUGAUUCGCAUCAAUCGUACAAUAAAUGACAAAUUUGAUACCGAUCUUAAUCUUAGGAUCUAAGAAUUCGAAUUGUUGUCAAUUAAAGUCAACUACGUAUUGUUAUCGCUACAUAUUACACAUAUCAGCGAUGAUAUAUACCAUCAGUCUUUUCUGAAGUUAUUACAAUACGUCGUCGCGAUACCGUAAUUGAUCAAUGUCGAGAGAAAGGAAACACAUAGCGGAAAGAAGGCAUGCACGAGAUGUCGUUGACACAAUCCCGGGUGUCUUGAAACAUACAGGUGCCAGUAUGCAUUUUGUACACAAAUUUCCGAAACGAUAACGAACAUGCGGGUUUUAUAAACGUAUGUGUAUAUGUAUUUAAAUAU